AUGCAUACUGUGAUAGAUGAUCAGAUGAAAAACUACAUAAUUAAAAAUCAUGGCUUCAUGUUCUAUUAUGCUGUUCGUGAAGAUUUCAUCGAUCCUCAAACGCGAAUUGAAAUUGUAAUUCGUACUUUUAAUGAUGGUUUUAUGGGCGCAAAAAUUUCAGACGCCGCAUGGAUACAUCAAAAUUCUACUGAACAUAUGGUAGAAGAAAUUCGAAAUCGAGUUGGUAACAAUCUAACUUAUUUGACAUUCGAUAUUGAUUGUCUUGAUCCAGUAUUUUCUUCUGUAACGGGUACUCUUGUAUGUAGAGGUCUUACUAUGGCACAGAUAAUUGCUAUUCUUCGCCGUUUACGAUCAAUCAAUUAUGUAGGAAUGGAUAUUGUUGAAGUAUCUCCACCGUAUGCAUACGAUUAA